CUUUGUUUGGCAUCGGCAGUAAUUUGUUGACAGUGCUUCAAGUAUUUCCGCUUUGGAUGGUAAUAUUUGAAAACCGGAGGCCUUGAGAAUAGUUCGCUAUGAAUGGUGUAGCCAUGACCGCUACGUGCCCGGGCCUGUACUGCGGCAGAAUAAUGUUGAAUGGAUCAGUUGAAAGAGACUGUGGUGUUUGCCCUCGUGGAGAACGGGCUAAUAUCCAGAAAGUGUGCGAGCGUUGCACUGAGUCCCCUGAACUGUAUGAUUGGCUCUAUCUUGGCUUCAUGGCCAUGCUACCUCUUGUGCUUCACUGGUUCUUCAUUGAGUGGUAUUCUGGAAAGAAAAGUUCCAGUGCUUUGCUGCAGCACAUCACAGCCUUGUUGGAGUGCAGUGUCUCUGCCGUGGUUACGCUGUUGGUCAUGGAGCCAAUAGGGAAGCUUAGUAUCAACUCCUGUCGAGUCCAAAUGCUCUCAGAUUGGUACACCAUGCUGUAUAAUCCUAGUCCGGACUACAUCAACACUUUGCACUGCACUCAGGAAGCAGUCUAUCCACUGUACACCAUUGUAUUAAUCUAUUAUGCCUUCUGCUUGGUGCUGAUGAUGCUGCUACGCCCUCUGCUGGUUAAAAAGAUAGCAUGCGGUCUGGGCAAGUCUGAUCGAUUUAAGAGCAUCUAUGCCGCUCUUUACUUCUUCCCUAUCCUCACUGUACUUCAGGCUGUCGGGGGAGGAUUACUCUAUUAUGCGUUUCCCUUUAUAAUACUUGUCCUAUCUUUGGUUACUCUGGCCGUGUACAUGUCUGCCUCCGAGAUACAGACCUUCAAAAACCUGGUUGCCAAGAAGAAGCGCCUGGUAGUCCUGUUCAGUCACUGGUUACUCCAUGCGUAUGGCAUCAUCUCCAUCUCACGCCUCGACAAGCUGGAGCAGGACCUUCCGCUGUUGGCUCUCGUUCCCGGUCCCGCCUUGUUCUACAUUGCUACAGCUAAGUUCACAGAGCCGAGCCGCAUCCUAUCAGAAGGCAGCAAUGGACAUUGACCCCCUCCCCCAAGUCAUAUUUAUAUACAUGUAUAUUACAGCCUCUCACUCAGUGGUUCUGUCAUUUCAGUUUCACAUGAUAAAAAACUUGUAUUGUCCAUUAGACUAAGUUACACUAGAGUAGUUGUUACACAGUCACUGAAAUAUUGAAGGUAUUUGUAUAUAAUGUAAAUAUUGUCCUUGAAUAUUUAACUCAUUCACUGCCAUUGACAUAGACAUCAAAUCCAUGUAAACGGGGAUGGCUGGCAUUGAGUGAUCAUGUUUCAUCGGCGUUGAAGUCCAAACCAUUUUGACUAGGAGGGUUGACAGCAAUUGAGUGAUUGCUGCCGCCCCCCAAAUUGAAUGGGACAUCUAUUGUCAUCAAUGGCAGCCAAUGAGUUAAAAUUUUGGCUUUUUGCUUUUGUUUUUGUGAUGCUAUAGGAAAGUGUUUUAAAAAUUGUCAUCAGAAUUUAUUGAAGAAAAAUGAGCUUUACCACUUUUUGGCGUUUCAAUGAGCACUGUAUUAAAUCUGACGUACACUGGAAUACACAAUCAGGUCAGCGCGCUGCCCCAAGUACUGUUAAAUAUGGGAAAAAAUGUCAUAUACCGAUAUCCCAUGAUAUAGCACAUUUUAAAUUUGGUGAAAAAAACUGUACAACAAAGACGCCCGCCCCCCCGCCGCAGAGGUUAAAUACCUGAAGUAUUGCUGCAACCUAAAACAAGUGUAAACAUGCGCAGCAUAAUUGCAUACAGAUGUAAAUGGUAAAGUCUAUUUCUAACCAGUGGUUUUGACUUAUGACUGCUUUAUUCUAAAUUUGAUAUUGGAAUGAAUUGUCUUUAUUAUGUGUUUCCAAUCGUCUUACAUUACUCACGUACGGUUAGCAAACACUAAGUGCUGAGGCCGUUUGUCGAUACUACCAUGGCAUAUUGAAUGUUUUAAGUCCACGCAAAUUGGGUGCCAUUUGCUGGCAGUGAUGUACAUUGCAGGAACAAGUCUAUUUAUAUCUAUGUAAAAUGCCAAUAGAAAGUUUUAUAUCAUUUUGGCAAUAUACCGUAUUGGCCCGAAUAUAAGACGGCCCUGAUUAUAAGACGACCCCCUCUUUUUCAAAACUCAAGUUUGAAAAAAAGACUUUUUGAACACCAAAUUAAUUUUUAUACAGAAAAUAAUUACAAUAUAUUUGAGAGAAAAAGCAUGUUCUUUUGCCUCAUUCAAAUCUUAAUAUCUGAACAUUUAAAUAUGUAAACUAAAGUGCAAUCACAUUCGUAAAUGAAUGGCUUCUGGUUUUUGAAAUGUAAAUAAACCAAACAACAAAAUUGCAAUAACUGCAUUAACCAUCAAAGUGAAGUCUAACUGUAACUAUAGUCUUGAUACAAAUCUGAAUAAGGAAAAACACUGCAAUAAAACAAUGCAAACUUGAGAGUAGCUGAGAUCUGUCAUGACAGAACAUCGCUUCAAUGAUAUCUGGCGCCAUCUAGCGUCGUGAAUGGGGAGAGUAGCUGAGAGUUGUCAUGACAGAACAUCGCUCCGUGAAUGGGUAUGUCUAGACCGCAUUUUUCAGUUUUAUUUCAAUGCAAAAUACACUUUCUUAUAUUCGGGCCAAUACGGUACAUUGUUACUCACUACUAGAGUAUUAUAAAAACUUAUGAAUCCUAAUUAAGUUGGCAUAUUUUUUGCAUGAAACGUUUAACAAGUCAGAGGAACUUGCUUUCAUUUUCCACGUGAUUUUAUUGUUUCCCUCCGGGAAAUGCAAUCAGCAGUAGUGAACUUUACGGUCCUCCACAUCUUACAAAGCAAGGUCCAAAAGACAUGCAUGGAUGUUUUGAUAUGAAAGGGCGUGACUGAUCAAUGUCCUUAGGGAUGGCAAUGUCAUGGACCUUUAACCUUGCACCAAAAAAAAAAAAAAAAAAAAAAAAGGCAUCAUGCCCUUGGACAUUUUUAACGAAUCGGCUGCCAACGACAGAGCUAGGCGUCCAAUUUGUUUGAAGUGGGUGUGUGGCAGCAAAUGAAAACAUUAAUUCGCUGCCACACUCCUACUUCAAACGGUUUGGACGUCUACUAGUGAUAAACUCAGGGUUGGAUGUCAAUCAUUGUCAGAGUAGUAUACAUUCACAGAAAUGCUAAAAUGCGACAAUUUUCAGCAUUUACUGUUGAUCCAGUGUGCAGAAGCAUCCACAGCUUCCAGAAAAUGGCCACCUCUUUAGUCCUGGAUGUAAAUGAUAAUGAUGCAAAGCGUUCCCACCAGUCCCAGGGCCUGAAUGCCAAGGAACCACAGCAAAAGCCAGAAGAAGACAAUCACAACAGGUUCGACUAUCUUGUCCCCAAAGUACAUUUGGCUGAAACCCAUCCCUCGCAGACACUUGUUGAACAUCCCGAACAGCGUCCCCAUCCGCACGCAGUCGUCAAUUGGAGGCUGCCUGCUGCUGGGAUUGUCCUCUAGUAACCACCUCAUGGUGGGAUUACUCAAAGGUUGGGCCCUGCUCCCCUCAACCUGGAGAAAAUGUUUACAAAAAAAGACAUUAGUGCUAAAUAUAGUUCUUUCCGCAGUUAAGACUUUUACUAAUUGAAGUAAAUUUCCUCGAGUAAUCGCCACUAUCCCUCAUGGACAUUCGAUUUGGGCUAUUUACAGACCACUUCCUGCUAAUUUUGGGGCAUUUAGAGGUCACUUCUUGUUCAAUUCCUGUUAAUUUUGGGUCACUUGUUGAUUUUGGGGCAAUUAUGAUCACGUUCUGUUAAUUUUGUGGCAAUUCCAGUUGAAUUUGUUGAUUCUUGGUCAACUGUUAACUUUGGGGCAUUUAUGAGUCAUUUGCUCAUUUUGGGUCACUUCCUGUUGAUUU